AUGGAAGAGAUAUACCACCCUGAGCCAGAUGUUGAAUAUCUUGAGGACUAUGUGCCCGGCGGAUACCACCCAACUCUCAUCGGAGACACCUUUUGCAGUGGUCGCUACACCGUCGUUCACAAGCUUGGGUUUGGUGGAUAUUCAACAAUUUGGCUCGCCCGGGAUCAACAACACCAGCGCUACGUAUCGCUAAAGAUAUUGACUGCGAGAGAAUCGCCAGUCAGCCAUGAGGUGAAAAUCCUUCAAUACCUGAUGAAGAGCGGCCUUACCCAUGCUGGGAAGCGAUUCAUUCCGCCGCUGCUGGAUCAUUUCUCGUUUGAUGGUCCAAACGGACAUCAUCAGUGCUUGGUCGGAGCACCUGCUGCCGUUAGCAUCGCUAAGUCCAAGGAGGACAGCGGAAACUUUAUGUUCCCAGCGGACGCCUUUAGAUCUACUGCCGCCCAGCUGCAGUUAGGGUUGUCCUAUUGCAUGCGAACGGCAUAUGCCAUGGAGGCAGAUCUCCAUUUGCACAACUUUCUCUUACGUAUACCAGAUUUCGAUGGCCUAAGCACAGAUGAGCUAUACAAGCGCUUCGGCAAACCAUGCGAGGUUCCUAUCCCGCGAGUUGAUGGAAAGACUGGUGAACCUUACGCACCGCCGCAUGCCAUCUUUCCCCUGACCUUGAGCAUGCCCGCCAACAAGUUGGAUAAUCCCGAAAUCAUAAUAUCGGACUACGGGACGUACUUUAUUGUGUCACAGGUGCCUUCACCGACUCUCCACACCCCAUCCCUCUAUGCUCCACCAGAAGACUUUUUCGAUGAACCCAUCACUCAACCCACUGCAGCUGAUAUAUGGACCCUAGGUGUCAACUUGUAUGAGGUCUUGGGCGAGCGUCCACUAUUCGAAACAUUCGCCUGGGACCGAGAUGACAUUGUCGGCGGGAUGAUCAAUACGCUGGGCAAACCGCUCGUGAGAUGGUGGAACUCUUGGACUAACCGCUCCGAAUUCUUCGAGGAGGAUGGGUCAUGGGUCGCUGACUUCAGCCGCAUCAACACUCCCGUCUUCCGGCGUCUGCAUCAGCGCCUCUGGGACAUGGGCCGCGGCGAGACGGAGAAGACGUGCGAAUGGGACGUUGCAGGUGGUGAACUACAUGCGUUGGAGGACUUCCUCAGAGCCAUGAUGACGUUUGAACCUGCAGAACGACCCACAGCGGACCAACUCCUAGGGUCUGAGUAUAUGGCGAAGUGGGCGUUGCCCGCGUGGGAGAGGCAGAAAAUGCGGGAAAGCGCCCACCCUACUAAUGGGGGGCGUUAG